AUGUUUCUGGUUCAUUUAUGGAUAUGUAUCAGUGACAGUAUGGCAAACAAUGGUGACCAGUAUUUUAAUGCGACGUUCAGAUCUGUUUGUCAUAUGACAGAGUUCUCACCAUUGUUGAUGAGACCAAGAGCACGAACUCGCAACAAUUUUACCAGCCCAUUAUCUCAAGGUGCUAAACCAUUUUUACCUGCAAGUCGAGUUGACCAAACACUUGCAGACAACUUUUCAGCUUUGAAUCUUUCAAGUCCUGCUUCGGGUCAAGAAUCAAGUGCCAGUAUCUCAGAUUAUGUGGGCAAGUCACCAACUGCUCUCACUCAUAGCUCAAGUUCACCAUCUUUUUCUACUUAUUCACAGAUGUCUAGCAUAUCAACACCAUCUCCACAUGUCACACCAGUCCUCUCCAAUUCAGUGUCCGUGUUGCCUGGAAACAGCCCCUCCCAAAGCCCUGGCAUAUCUCCCAGCAGUUCACCAAUGCUAAUCAGGCGAAAUGAUUCGCCAGUACCCUCCAUGAGACAAAAUCCAGUGACAGUAAAAUCUGCCUCAAACACUAUUCAGGAAAAUGUUGGAGGCACGACAUAUUUUUAUUCUCCCGAAGAUUUUGCUCCACAAUAUCAAGGAGUUCAGGUGCUUCCGAGCUACUCAUAUUAUCCAGGAAUGCCAUCACAUAUCGCUCACAUGAAAGUGAAAACAAACAUGCCUCAGUUUUUCAUGCCAGAUGAAAUUAAAAUGGAACUGUUGAACCGGCACGCAUGUUCAUUGCUGCAGAUUGAUCCUGCCCAACAUCCAGAUAUUCCAACUGAAGUUGAUAGCUAUAAUCAGUUAUAUCCAUUGGAACAGUCAAUGACUAAUCCUCUUCAGAAAUCCAGUACAUUUAGUUACCCCACAACCUGCUAUAAAGCAGUAAAUACCAAAGAUGGUCUCACCUACUGCCUUCGACGAAUACAUGGUUUUAGACUAGCAAACACAAAAUGUAUGGCCACAAUAGACCAGUGGAAGAAACUCUAUCAUCCAAAUGUGGUCCAGCUGAAAGAAGUCUUCACAACUACAGCCUUUGGAGAUAAUUCUUUGAUAUUUGUUUAUGAUUUCCAUCCUGUUGCUGAAACAUUAAUGUUACGGCAUUUCACAGCACCAUCAACAUUGAACGGUUACUCUGGUUCCUUAAAUGCUGAAACACAAAGAUCAUACAGUGCAAAUAAAGCUGGUGGUGCCAAUGGACCACGUCAACAUGCUGGUUUACUUCCUGAAAGUCUCAUCUGGGCAUAUAUAGUUCAAUUGAGUUCUGCAUUGAGGGCAAUUCAUGCUGCAGGGUUAGCAUGUGGAGUAUUAGAUCCAACUAAAAUCUUGAUCUCCAGUAAAUCAAGAUUGCGGAUAAAUUGUAUUGGGAUAUUUGAUAUUGUUAACUUUGAUAGUACCCAGGAAUUACUUCAUAAAUCUAGUAAUUACCCUUUUUUAAAAACUUUAAAAAUUACCCUUUUUUUAUUAAAAAUUUACUUUCUCUCUUUUCCCUUUUCUCUCUCUUCCCUCUUAUCUCUUUUCCCUCUUAUCUCUUUUCCCUCUUCUCUCUUUUCCCUCUUCUCUCUUUUCCCUCUUCUCUCUUUUCCCUCUUCUCUCUUUUCCCUCUUCUCUCUUUUCUCUCUUUUCUCUCUUCUCUCUUUUCUCUCUUUCUCUCUCUUCUCUCUCUUCUCUCUCUUCUCUCUCUUCUCUCUCUUCUCUCUCUUCUCUCUCUUCUCUCUCUUCUCUCUUUUCUCUCUCUUCUCUCUCUUCUCUCCUUAG